CUCUUUUCUUUCCCCCAUAUUCAUCUUCUGAUUUCUUUUUCCUCACCCUCUCCUCCUACAUCUUCUUCUCACAACGAUGGCAACCGCCCCUAGAGUAAUUGUUGUCGGCGGUGGAUUGUCCGGGCUUAGUGCCGCCCACACCGUCUACCUUAACGGUGGAAAUGUUCUCGUUCUAGACAAGCAGGCCUUCUUUGGUGGCAACUCCACCAAGGCCACUUCCGGCAUUAACGGCGCCUUGACGCGCACCCAGGUCGACUUGGGCAUCGCCGACAGCGUCAAGCAAUUCUACGAUGAUACCCUCAAAUCGGCCAGAGAUAAGGCUCGUCCCGAGCUCAUCAAGGUCCUCACAUACAAAUCUGCCGCUGCCGUCGAGUGGUUGCAGGAUGUUUUCAACCUCGAUCUCACCCUUGUUUCCCGGCUAGGCGGUCACUCCCAGCCCCGUACGCAUCGUGGCCACGAUGCCAAGUUCCCGGGAAUGGCCAUCACAUACGCCCUCAUGCAACGGUUAGAAGAGCUCACCGAGGCUGAGCCCGACCGUGUUCAGAUCAUCAAGAAGGCCCGUGUGACCUCCAUCAACAAGUCCGGAAACAAUGUCACCGGUGUUACCUACGAGUACGAUGGCGAGACGCAUACUGCUGAGGGUGUGGUCGUUCUGGCCACUGGUGGUUACGCUGCUGACUUCGGUGAUGGCUCGCUCCUAAAGCAGCACCGCCCCGACACCUUCGGUCUGUCCAGCACCAACGGCACUCACGCCACUGGUGAUGGUCAGAAGAUGCUGAUGGAGAUCGGCGCCAACGGCAUUGACAUGGAUAAGGUUCAGGUGCACCCCACGGGUCUUGUCGACCCCAAGGACCCGACCGCCAAGUUCAAGUUCCUGGCUGCUGAAGCCCUGCGUGGUGAGGGUGGUCUCCUCCUCAACUCGGACGGCCAGCGGUUCUCCGAUGAAUUGGGUCACCGUGACUAUGUCUCGGGACAGAUGUGGAAGGAGAAAGAGAAGGGCAAGUGGCCCAUCCGUCUCAUUCUCAACAGCAAGGCAUCCAAUGUCCUGGACUUCCACACCCGCCACUACUCCGGCCGUGGUCUGAUGAAGAAGAUGACCGGCAAGGAGCUCGCCAAGGAGAUCGGUUGCGGCGAGGCUGCCCUCAAGAAGACUUUCGACGAUUACAACCUGAUCGCCGAGGGCAAGAAGAAGGACCCUUGGAACAAGCGUUUCUUCCACAACCUGCCCUUCAGCAUCGAUGACGACUUCCACGUCGCUCUGAUGGAGCCUGUCCUGCACUUCACCAUGGGUGGUAUUGAGAUCAACGAGCACGCUCAGGUUCUCAACUCCGAGAAGGAGGCCUUCGACGGCCUCUACGCCUGUGGUGAGCUGGCUGGUGGUGUCCACGGUGCUAACCGUCUGGGUGGUUCUUCUCUGCUGGGCUGUGUCGUGUACGGUCGCGUUGCGGGUGACAGUGCCAGCCAGUACCUCUUCCAGAAGCUGCUCUCCGGCGGUGCCUCCACGGCCGCCCAGCGUCUGGGCCAGAUCUCCCUGCACAUCGACCCAUCCACCCCCGGAAAGAUCUCCGUCGAAUGGGGCGGCUCCGGUGCUGCCGGCGGCCAGGUCACCGCCGGUGCUGGAACCCCCGCUGCCGCGGCCCAGGGCGCCAAGUCGGCUGCCACCCCUGCCGGUGCCGCUGAGACAGCCAAGCCCAAGGAGCCCGCCAAGUUCAGCAUUCCCGAGAAGGAAUACUCGAUGGAGGAGAUCGCCAAGCACAACAAGAAGGACGACCUGUGGAUUGUCGUCAAGGGUGUCGUGCUGGACGUGACCAACUGGCUCGACGAGCACCCCGGUGGAGCUAACGCUCUCUUCAACUUCAUGGGCCGCGAUGCCACAGAAGAGUUCGCCAUGCUCCACGACGACGAGGUCAUCCCUAAGUACGCUGGUCACAUUGUGAUUGGCCGUGUCAAGGGCCAGACCCCUAGCCUUGAGCUGUAAAAACAUUUCCAUGAAAAUUAGAAUUGGAGAUAUACACGUUGGGGAAAGAGAAAGUAACCCGGAAGAGAUCACAUACCCAUUUUUGUCUUUUAUUUAUUUGUCGAGCAUGUUCAUGUCCACACGUCCUUGGUGAUGAUGAAUAGUUUUCGUUGUUUUUCCAGGAGUCACUCUGUCUCUAGUAUGUAAGAUACAAUCUUAUUCAAUUGUUCUUAG